UGACGUCUGUCGCGUGCGCCGCAAGGUGGUGGAAGCCCUCGUGCACGUGUUGCUACGGUGACGGCGCUCCCCUCGCGGCGGCAUGAAGCGGCCAAACAUCCUGCUGACAGGUACACCUGGUGUAGGAAAAACCACACUGGGCAAGGAGCUUGCUGCAAGAGCAGGGCUGACGUACAUCAACGUGGGGGACCUGGCAAAAGAAGGGGAAUUAUAUGAAGGUUUUGAUGAGGAAUAUGAAUGUCCAAUUCUGGAUGAAGACCGGGUAAUUGACGAGCUGGAAGACAAAAUGAGUGAAGGUGGAAUUAUUGUUGAUUAUCAUGGCUGUGACUUCUUCCCAGAACGGUGGUUUCAUAUAGUAUUUGUACUUCGUACUGAAAAUUCAUUUCUAUAUGACAGGCUUGAAAGCAGGGGGUACAAAGGGAAAAAACUACAAGACAACAUUCAAUGUGAAAUUUUUCAGACGAUUUAUGAAGAAGCCAUGUUAUCUUACAAAGAAGAGAUUGUACACCAGUUGCCCAGCAAUACACCAGAGGACCUAGAGCGGAAUUUAGAUCAAAUUACACAGUGGAUCGAGCAGUGGAUGAAAGACAACAACUAAAACUUGAGGAGAAAAUAACUUAAGAUAUUUCCUGGAUCUUCUGCCCAUUCAAUAAAUGACAUUCAUAAUUCUUGCUUAGUAAAUUAACUUUUCCAUUUAUAUUUUAGUCUAUAUAAGGUGGAAGCUAGAAGAAAACAUCUACCCAUCAUACCAGUGAGGCUGUAGAAGAGCUUCCCAGGAGGAAUAUUGGGAGGAAAAAAAAAAAAAAAGAAUUGGCUUACAGUGAAGCUGGCUAGUUUAUAAAAAAAGGAUUAUAUAAUAUGGUAGUUUGCAAUAGGAAGGGGCAUGAGGUCCCUUCCAGCUGGUCUCUUCCAGCCCUAUAUUUCUGAGGAGUAACCAAAAAAUAGUGUUAUUUUUCUCUUUGAGAAAAUGUAAGAAUCUGAAGACUGAUCGUAGUGAGGAAAUGUCAGUUGCUAAAAGAUGAAUUAACAUACUGAGAGGGGUGCAGUAUAUUGUAGAGGAUGUCAAGAGCACAAAUUGACUAUUUAAAAGAAGAAAGCUUAGUAUGUUAAUGAAGUGAAGCUCUUAUAUUUUAAAGAAUGUUUAUGGUGGAGGUAAAGUGAUAUGCUGAUUUUACAAGCAGUUUUUAAUUGCUUAGGUAUUUAAAAGCUUCAGAAACUUUGAGAUGGGGGAAUAUAUCUUUAAGCAUUUCUUGUAUUUUACAGUAAAAUAAUAAAAGAUCUCCCUUUUGACAGUAA